AAACCAGAUAAGCCAUAAUUAUUAUAAGGGGGAGAGACUGCAAUGAGGUUAGGUACAAGGUAAUAAACGAAACAAAGUUCGGGAAAAACAUUUUUUUUAAAAGUACCAGACAAAACAACUAAAAAGCAAAAAUCAACACAAUUGGAAAAGUCAUGGACACACAAAAAAAGAGCACACAAAAUGUGUUACUCUUAAAAUUUUCUAGAAUUUUUUCUUAGGGAACAUAGCUUGUUUCAAUAAUUUUAUUUUUAAAAAAGUAAAUUUCAAAAAAAUUCUAAAAAAUCCAUAUUUUAAAAAAAAUAUUGGAACAAUAGACUGCAUAAAUAUUUACAAUACAAACUAAUUUUCAACAUUUAUAUCAAGAAAAAGUGCAAAAAGUGAUACUCACAGUCAAAAAUAAUCUUUUGAAAAAUGAUGUAUGUAUGAAAGAAUUUAACUUUCAAAACUAUUUUUUAUUGCAUAGAUUUAACUUUUUGUUAUUGCUACAAAUUUCAUAAAAGUAAGGUGAAUUCAAAUCUAUUUCAGAACACAAGCUUUUUCAGCAUAAAUCUGAUGAAAUGCAUAGUAGUGGAAACACAACAGCAAUUGGGGCAAUAUCUUGUGGAUGUUCAAGUAUGAAUAAAUUAUAAACUUCUUGUAACAAAACUUCAUCAAUCAUUGAAUUAUUAAGAAGUUCAAGUGAAUUUCAAAUCAAAAUCAAAAAUAGUAAUAGCCCAUGUUAAUAUCAUGCAUUUAAAAUAAGACAUGACAUAAAUUUCAUAGUUUAUAUAUUCCAUUACAAAUGAAUGAUUUUUUAAAGCAUAACAAUAUCAUCAGUUUUUGAGCAUGUUAAAAGAAUAACAACAAACUUAGUCACAUCAUAAGUCAUAAGAAAGAAAAUUUGGAUUUGCUAUACUUAUACUAAUAUUGUGCUACAAAAUGGCCAGGGUCUAGUCAAAAGUUUGUUACUGUAUUUACCUUAUUUACUUCUUAAAUUAGCUGUAGUCGCCAUGCUGCGCUUAAUUAUUAAUUUUAGCAAGUCAAAGUGGUCGCUUGUAUACUGUAUACUAUUUAUUAGCAGCUUAGGCUUAAGACUUCAAAUUGCACAAUUAGUUUAGAAAUAAAUUUUUUUUUAAAGAAGUUUUGGUGAUUCUCUUCGUCCUCUGACUAUACAUUUUAAUUGUCACACUCACACACCAUAUUGUGCAUUAUAUUCACUGCUACAGUAUUUUAGCCUAUCCUAUACUAAUAUAUGACAUUUAUUAUUUAUCAUAUCAUGUAAUUGUAAUUUGUAAACUCAAUGUUUAGUUAAUGUCAUUUUUCACACUCAAACACUGCCAAUAAAGGAUGUGAAUGUGAUGUGAUAAGCAAAAUCUAUUCAAAUUCAACUAUUGAAGUAUAUAUUAGAUCAAGGGCUCAAGGGUGAGUAAGUGACGUACUUACUUAAGUCAGAUGAGACACUCACACUGCACUGUGAUAAGUUUCAAGCAAUUUUAAUUUUAACCCACUUAUUUGAAUUAGGGUUGAUUAUAUAAUAUACCUAUGGGUUAUCAUUAAAUUCUAAAUGAAAGUAAAAGAAAAAUCGACUUACUCUGUGCAAAGACGACUCCAUUUCCUCAAUAAAUGAGUUUGUUGUUUUUAAUAAAAGCUGACUUCUGUUCACUGGGAGACAAGGUGGCUUGUAUCGGUCAUAACCUUUUUGGGUCAAGGCUAAACAGGAUUAGAUCUACCUCCAAAAAAAAAAAAAUAAUAAUAAAAAGCUAUUCUCUAGAAAAGAAAUUUAGAAAAUGUCGUAAGGCUGAGAUAUACAAAAAAACAAAAAAAACAACAGCAACAAAACAAAACAAAACCAAAUAAUAAUAAUAUAAAAUAAUAUAUAUAUAUAUAUAUAUUAAAUAUUAAGUCCAUUUCCUUUAAAAUUCAAAAGAUUUAUUGAGGCGAGGAAUUUCUAAUUAAAAAUGUAUAUUUUAAUUAAAAAUUAUGUAAUUCUAUUUACCUCAUGCCUCAUGAAACUACAUUAAAAAUCUUCAGUGGUUACUUUAACAUGUAUUUAUUUAAUAAAAAUUUGUUCCCCAUGUAUUUUUGGUGGUUUUAAAGGGAAAUUUUAAUAUAAAACGUGUUUUUAAAAAUCAGAUAAUCGAUCAGUUUGUUUAUGUUUUUUAGCAGAUGUGUGGCCAGAUUUCUUUUCAAUUUUUCCCAUUCUCAGAUCAAAAGCAAUAAACAUUCGGUUAAAAUAAAUAUAAAAUGAAAGAUCAUUAAGAUCCUUAGGCAUGAGCUUACAGUGGUGUUCAUAACUUUAUUAACUGGUGUUUAACCUUAGCCCUUCCCAUCACUACCCCCUACACAUACUCUAAUACAUUUUUGUACUAGAAACAAGGUACUUUAAAAAAAACAACUUUAACUUAAAGUUUAUACUGAUUAUACCUCCAGUGUUUCUUCUCUUUUCUAAUGGAUUUCCAACUGUGUACAUUAAGUAACACUCUUUUGCAGAUGGCUUUAAUAUACUGACACUGAUACUCGGCAUUGUGUCCCUUCCCCUCAGUGCGUGGGAAUAUAUGGAUGUCUCCUUGAUGCCUGGGGGGGGGGUGUAAAAACGUCAUUUCAGGGUGUAUUUUUUUUAAGGGGAUGGGGGAAAAACCAAAACUUGGGAAGCUUGUUGAGUUGUAUAUUACUGGAGGUACCACAGUACAUACGAAUUAAAAAAUACAAAUUCAGUGGUGGGUGACGCUCAAAUGACGUCCCGCGGGUAUACUACACAUUGAUUUCCGACCAAUGCAGUGAAUGCUUCCCAGACAACUGAACGCAUGAAAAGUGAACCCACUGACAAUUGAACGCACAGAAGACAAGUGACCAGACAGACAAGUGACCACAGGGUACAAGUGAGCACAUAGCCAACUGAACCUACGGAAAAAUUUGCCUAGUGGCUAAGUCCCAUUGCCUAGUCCAAACUCACGUCUGCCUAUUUUGGGGAUACACACACAGUCUGCAAUGAGCAUCGGAGACGACCACUGUGCAUACCAAAAAAAUCGUCUUAGUCCCAACUCGUUCCAACGUGUAUCCACUUUUUCUUUGCAGUUGUGUGUCAUCUCAUAGAAGGCAAAAAAAAAUGUGUUUAAAUAUCUGUGUUUGGUCAAUUCAAAAUCGAUAGGAGGGACUUAAUUAUUUAGGUGACACCUAAGUUGACUCUGAUUUGUGAUGAGUAAAAUGAGAGACAUUGUUAUUGAUUUUAUAUAAUUGGGUGACUGGUCUGGAGAUCAAAUCCAGCCAAAAAACAUCACUCAUUAACCUUCGUCGGCAACUCAUCUAAGGGUAGGAGACUCUGAAAUCAAACGUAAGGCCCAUACAAUGACAAUUCCUGCAACCGUUCCCAUCCCUGGUCGUCUUGAUGAAGUCUUGCCACUGGAUAUGGUGGGCCCGGAUGCCGCGCAACUCUUCCUCACUUUAAACAAAAUUCACCCGUGCAAGUCAUCAGUCACCGGACGACUCAUCAGCAAAUAUUUUAAUUUUAACAUAUUCCCACAUAACCCCCACCCACACACUAAAAUCUAGAAGCGUUACGUGCGUAAUGGGCACAGCCCCUAUAGAAAUAUGCGCCCCCUGAUAUUGACGCCCCUAUAUCACCGAGUACCACCUUUCCCCGUCCUGCAUGAAUGACCCUACAUAUUCAAAGAUGCCUAGAACAUGAGAUACUUAAAUAUUUAAACUUUUCUAAACCCAGCCCUGGUUUAAUAUUAGACAUCUAGACUUAAUUUAAGUUAUAUAAAAAAUACAUUUAUUUAAAUUUAAAUAUAAAUACAUCCAAUUGGGCAACUUUUAUUACGUACCUUUGAAGCCAAAAGAGUUUUUGAUCUAGUAAAUUUGUUAAAUUGUUGUAUUGCAACAAAUAAAUGUUAUUUUACUUUAUACCUUAAAUGUAGUUCCAUAAGCCAUAAAAAAUAAGUUUUGGGUGUUUUUAAUUUAUUUCACUAGAAAUAACUAAUCGCGCUAAAAUAAGGGAUUACCAUAUUAAUUAAUAUUAUAGACUACCGUAGUACUAGUACCGGUACCUAACAUUAAACAUGCCAAUAUAGCAACUGGGGCUGACAACACCAAUGCCAAUAUUACUAAUUUUAAAAAUAAAUAGUUUAAGUUAGUGAACUCACAUACAUUUAUUUAAGUAUCGGUAAUCUUCGGUCACACAUCAUGUCACAAUGACAAUAUAACAUAAUAUAGUUGGUCAUUUUAAUUUUUUAUAACUUUACUAUCUCUUCAUUAAAUUAUUAAGAAGGCAGGAAGAGGUCAUCCAUAAAAUUUUAAAAACCUUCUCAUAAUGCAUAAACCUGCUGCAAGAGCUGCCAUUUAAUUUUUUAUGAGUAAUUAAAUGACCAGCAUAAUUUUACUGUUCAUCAUAGUCUAAGCAGCACUUAAAUUUAAACUUGGUGAAGAUUGCUUCCCACCCAUCUCUCACUCUCUCUUGCUUUGCCCCUCUCUCUCCUUCAGUCUACCUACAAAGUUAUUUAUUUCUUAAAUUAAAUUGUUAAUUUAAAAUUCAUUGCUGCUAAUUAACUCUUGUGAAUUAUUCACUCUCGGUAUCACAAAUGCAAAACGUAAAAUUAUUUUUGUUUCACAUUUUUGAUUGCUUAUACCUGUUGUCUCCAAAAAUUAUUGCGUUUAUGACGGUCUUAAUAUUAGGGAAUACCUAAUUCUAGAACUUGUUUUUAUGGAGAUGUCCAACAGUAGGCCCCGCUAUUUAUUACAACAUCACUUGUAAGUUCAAGUUAAAAUCAAGCCCCCACCCCCAAGCUUUUUUUUCCCCCAAUAAAUCACAUGGAUCCAUUUCGCGGGGCCCUUAAAAAGCAUGGAACACUUUAAAAAACAUGGGGUCCCAAGACACGUGUCCCAUUUGCCCUCUAAAGUUUAUCCGGCACUGAGGGCAGAGACGUUGGGGACCUGUAUUUUAUUUUUAAAUUCAAUUGUACGCUUAACAACCACCAUUUACAGAUAGGAAAAACUUUGAUUUAUCAUGCUACAUUUCGUUAUGUAGUAAAACCUUUGUAAAAGUUAUUUGUUAAGUGUAUGGAUGGAGUAGCUUACCUUAAUUUAUUUUAAACUUUGAAAACAAUUUCCACUUGAAUUUGAAUGGAAGGAUUGAUGUAAACUACUUUAAAAAUAUCACUGUUUUGUUUUUUACCAUCCAUAUAAGUUUUUUAAAGCCAGUCUUUGUAUCAGUAGGUUUGCAGUGUCAUCUGAGUUUCACUAACUUUCACUUUCAUAAUUCAUGGCACAACUGCUCAGCUAGCCAGUAAAAUAAAGUUGAAAGCCUAGAAAGGAGAAGUCAAUAAAUAUAAGUGGCAAUAGCUACUCUCAUAGUCUCGCAAAGACGUAAGUCAUAAGGUUGACAAUGACAUUAUUAUGUAUAACUAGUUGAACUAGUAGAAUAGGGCUUAGCUGGGUGAAGUUUUUUUUUUGGGUCCGGGUAUUUUGAAAAAAAUACCUGGUCAAAAUACCUAGUGGGUCCAAGUGUUACAAAAAUGAGUUUACAUCUUUAAACAAUGGCCCUACAGCCAGUCCUUCACCCUACCUGCCUGUCUUUAAACAAUAGUCGACUACAGACAGUUGAACACCCUACCUGCCAGUAUUUAAAAAAAAUUUUUAAAUACCGGUAGUCCUUCAGAUAGUCCUACAUUUGUUUAUUAAUAUAAUAGUCGCCUCUGAAAAAAUGUAACCUUCCUACCUGGGUUCAACUUAACAGCUUGGGAAUCUGAAACAGCCAAACCAUGUUGAGUAUGGGAGGGGCGGUUAGGAAUAGGAAUAUAAGGAAGCAGCCACACUACAAGCAUAAUAUAUUAUUUAUAUAAGAGAUGUUUCAUUGUGAGUGUUAGACUUGUCUUAGAGAGCAUGUAUCGUACAAUUGUGUAAAGUUUUUGACCUCACUUUAGCUUAAACUUUUGUCCAUUUCAGAUAGAGCUGUCAAUUACAGUUUUGUAAAUCAAAUCCUACAUUUUUUUUUUACAAUAAAGCCACCAGCAAAUAUGAAAAUAAAAUUGUGUUUAUUGGGACAUUUAGCAAAGACUGCACGAAAUGCAUUCAUCUCUUAUCAUUCUGCAACAUCAUUGCUCAUGAACAAGUCAAAGUCAUGCAGUUACUCAUCAAGACAUCUACACAGUGUGCGCCAUUGUAGGAGUCUAUCCUGUGGAUCUUUGCCGUUAAGUUCAUUAGAAUACCAUUUUCAUAAAUACAGCACAGAUGCUAAAGAAAAUAUAUUAUUGACACACAUAAAGACUCGGAUCAAAAUUUAUGGCCCUCUGACGGUGGCAUCGUAUAUGAAGGAAGUUUUAACAAAUGCCCAUUCUGUAUGUAUGUUGUUCUUUUAUAAGAACCAACCUAGUUUAAAAAUAAUAUACCUGUUAAUAAUAUCACCCUCAUUAAUAAUUAUAAAUUCAAAAGAAAAUUAAGUAAAUUACACUUCUUUAAACAUUUUAUUUUAUUUGCCUUCUCAGUUGCAAAUUUUCAAAUUCAAAUGGCUUUGAAUAAAACUCAAAAUUAUUUAAAUUUCCUAUCAAUUAUUAUUUCAUGAUGCAAAAAAUAAUGUUUGAAUCUAAUUUAAAUAAAAAAGUUACAUUAACAAUUUAAUGAUCAAUUUUUUUUUUAAAGUUUAUUUCACUCAAAUAUCUUUUUGCUACAGGGUUACUACAUGCACAGAGAUGUCUUUGGUACUGAGGGAGAUUUCAUAACAUCUCCAGAAAUAAGCCAACUCUUUGGAGAAGUAUGUAGUUAAGCCUCAUUGACUUAAGUACCAAUAAAUUUAUAUUAAUACUAGGUACCACAAACUGAUUUUUCAAAACAGUCCUACAGCUUUAUUUUAUACUGUCAUGUCAAGAACUCAUGAUUCUAAGAAUGUGGAUACCAAACUUGUUCAUAUAACUCAAUUAGUAAAAAAUUUAUGAAUUUUUUAAAUUUAAUAUUUGGAAAUUUUUUUUACGAGCAUCAAAAUUCCCAUUUUCGUAAGGUUAUAUCUGUAAAACUUAAUAGCUUAUACUCAUUCAGUUACACUAAACACAUACCCACAUAUAUAGAGAACCGGCUUAAUUUUUUUCAAAGGUUACAAAUAAUUAAUUCAUUAAAUUUUAUUGUAAUAAAAAUGGUAUUUCCUAUCAUUUUGAAAAAAAAGGAUGUAAAGAAACGCAAUAUUUGCACAUUUUUAAAAAAUCACAAACAAUUAACCGAUAAGAAAGCAUACAUGAUAAUUAUAUCAAAAUGUAGGGGAACUAAAGGUCUAUGUGCUUAAACAGCCUGUGCAUCCAUAAGUAUAUAUAAAAUGAAUACAUUUUUUAGAAAAAUGCAUGAAUUCACGUGAAGCAAAAAAUCAGUCAUAUUUAAAAAAUUGCAACAAAUUAAUUGUUACACCCACAGUUAAACUUAUUAUACCAAAAUACAAAAUAACUAUAGCUCUACAUAUUUAAACAGUCAAUGAACCCAUUACUUAUUUAGAUACAAUACAAACAUGGCUAGAUAUGAGCAAGGGUUCACUUCCUGGACAAAAAAUUUCUUUCAAAAACUAGAUUAAUUAUUUCUAAUAUUCCAGCUGCAAUUAAUAAAAUUUGAUCAAUAUCUAGAUUACCCUAUGCUAAACAGUCAGUGUACCUAUCUAUAACAUUUAUUUAUAUACACUACAAGCAUGGCUAGGCAUAAACACAUUUUUUUUUAAACCCCCAAAACAAACCAAAAAUCAACUUCAAGAAAAUAGAUAACGGGUAACAAAAUUUGUCCUGCAUUUCUAUACAAAGCAUUUUAACACUUGAGUAACACUUGCUCCCUGCGUGGGUCUAACUGAACUGCAAAAUAUGAAUUCUAUUUGAAGAAUUUGAAUAACAAUGUUUAGUUCUGAUUCAUGACGUUUAAUUCUUAAUGUGAUACCGAUAAUGCUCAAUUUUCUUAAUGUUUUUCUAAAUUUAACCUCAAGGUAUUUAAUAUAAUUCUUCUGCAAUUUAGCUGCAUCUUUUCAAUUUCUAGCUCAUUAACUCUUACACUAAAUAAUCUUGCAUUGUCUUACGCAUGUUGUUGUUGUUUUAAUGUACGCUCAUCCACUUUUUAUGACAAAGUUACCAUAUAUAUUUAUCUCUGUUUUUGUUAGGGUUAGUGACAAUGUCAACUUUAAAUAUAUGACUCAUGAAUUUUUUAAGAGUUCUGGGAGUUUUGGUUUUACAUUUAGAUAGUUCAUUUUUUGUUAACUAUUCAUGAAAUUGUCUAUCUUCUUCUUUAAAUGACAUCUGUCUACACUUUCAUAGACAGAGAACAAACAAAGACUCUUAUAAAUGGAAUCAACAGCAGAAAAAACAUAUAAAUUAAUAGUAAAUUCAUUAGUAACUUCUCGCACUGAACCAGCAUACAUUGUCUGGGUAGGGCUUAUGCAAUCCAAAACUUGAUCCUCACAACGUACAUAAUCCAAUCUUGAAAGGGAACUGUUGAUAACUAUUUUCCACUCACUUGUGAACUUCAUAAGUGGUACAUUUUUAUUCUGUAAGUAAAGUUUAUGUAAAUAAAACAAUAAUUAUGGUUACCGGUACAUAAAAUAAAAAUUCAAAUGUUUCAGCAAAUGCCUUCAUCAGUAUCAGGUACAACAAAAAUAGUUGAUAAGUAUCAAAUAAAUUAAAAAAAUUUAUCCUACCUAAAAAUUAAAGAAAAGAGUAAGAAUGAAACAAGUCCCUAAUGUAAACAAAGCCUAGAAGAAUGGUUUUGAGCUAAAACAAUGUUCAGACUUUUUUUAGACUUAGACUUUGUUUAAACAAGUUACAAAAAUUUCAUUUUAAAUCUAAUAAUGUUAGGCUCAAAGUUACCUGCUCGGAUGAGUUGUUCUAUUCUGCUUUCAAAAAAUAGAGUUGGUGAAGUAACUUCUUAGUGAUGACCAGAGUAGGCAAUGAUGGUCUUCUUCCUUUAGCACUAGCCAGAAAAGUCCUCUUCAGAGUAGUGUAGGCAAUGAUGGUCUUCUUCCUUUAGCUUUUAGCACCAGUCCUCUUCAUCUAAAAAUAUUAAUAUUAAACAUAAUAUCAAUGUUAUUAUUAUAUACUAGUACUUAUAAAUGUUAGGUAUAACCCUGCAUUAUUCAUAGCACAAGCAUUAUACCACUGACAAGAAUAAAAGAAUAAGAUCUAUAGACAAGAAUAAAAGAAUAGGAUCUAUAUAAUCAUUACACACUGUGACUUACAUGCAAGCAAAACAUUGUCAAAGACUAUCAUGUAAUCACCAGCUGUGUAUUUGAAUUUGAGUUAUUUUAAGCAGCACUCAUCGGAGAAUAAAAUUGAAAUUCAACCUAUCUUUGGAAUCUCAAAAAUUUAGUUUUUGCAUCUGCAUUUUAGUUAAUCAAGAUUUGUAACAGAUCUGAACUGUUGUGUGCCUUUUUAGAUGCUGGGAGUUUGGGUUGUCAAUGAAUGGAUGAAUCACUACAAAGAUAAAAUACAAGUUAUUGAGCUGGGACCAGGACGUGGUACCUUGGCAGAUGAUAUGUUGCGGGUAUAUAUCUUAAUUUUCAUGUUUGGCAAGUUAUAUGUCAGUGUCAGUCAUUUAAAGUUACCUGUAUGAAGAAUGUAAAUUAUUAUUGCACAUUUUAUCCUGAAAAAACCAUCCGAACGCUAACAUUUAAUCUCCCAUUUAGAAUUUGUAAAAAUGUUGUUAAAAUAUUUGAUUAAAAAUAAUAGUUUAUGAUGUUUGAUUAAAAAUAAUAGUUUAUGAUGAAGUUAAAUUAAUACACCUUAUUUAUCUAAAUAAAAGGUUUUUUCUCAAUUCCCUGACAUCAUUGACAAAGUUAGUUUGCACCUUGUGGAAGUGAGCCCAAAGCUGAGUUUGAUGCAAGCUGCUAAACUAUCAGGAAAAAAUGUAUCUGAAACCAAUGAUGAGAAUAGUGGUAUUGUUGAUGAAGCAUCCAAGGAGAUGGGCUGUUACCAGCAGUGCACUUCCAGGUAUGGACCUCAAGUCUACUGGUAUAAAGAACUUGCAGAUGUUCCUCAAGGUCUUUCCUGUUUCAUUGCACAUGAGUUUUUGGAUGCCCUGCCUAUACACAAAUUUCAUGUAAGAUAUUACACUUUAUAAAUUCCUAUGUUAUAUUCUAAAACUAUAUAUCUUCAUAAUUAAGUCUUUAACUGUGAGGAUAAAUUCUUCUGUUUUUCUCUUCAGAAAAUAGACAAAGGAUGGCGAGAGGUGAUGAUUGAUGUUGACCCAAUUAAUGACUCGCUGCGCUUUGUGUUAGCACCAGGCCAGACACCAGCAAGUAUAGCUUUUCUUAAGGUAUGUUGAUCAUUCUUAAAGUAUGCUGGUCAAGGUGUAAAAUCACAUCUUUAAUAAAAAUUCCGAUGAAGCAUCUAUACUAUGAUAUUUUUGUCCAAAAUUACCAAACAAGGCGUUUGAGUGAAUUAUCUUUAUUUAUUUAAUGGAUGGAGUAACCAUGUUUUCCUUUCUAGCAUAAAAAUUUGUUAUAAGCUUAAGAGUGAUUAUGCAUGUCAGUAAGAUUUUCUUUUACCCCCCUCCCCUCCUUUUCUUCUGAUUUGCUUAGGAUCUGGCUAGUGAUGAGAAAACAAAUUUUGAAGUUUGCCCUGCGGCUGGUAUCAUUGUUCAGGAUAUAUGUAAAAGAAUUAAAAGAAACAAUGGAUUCGCUCUGCUGGCAGACUAUGGACAUUCAGGGGAGAAGGGUGGAACAUUCAGGGUAAUGAUAAUAGUCCAACAAAAUAUCUUUAGUUUUGAUAUAUUUAGAGGUUUUGAAACAAUGGUUCUACUUAUAAUACUAAAGAGGAUCUAAUUAAAUUUAAUCUUUUAAUUACUGAUAGCAGUUUUUAAUAAUGAGUUACUUAUAACAUUUAUUGUUCAUUUGAAUUGGUAAAGAAAAAUGCAUUUUUAAUUUGUAUUUUGCCUGAAGGCCUUUAAGAAUCACCAACUCCACGAUCCAUUGGAAGAACCUGGCACAGCUGACCUUACAGCGGAUGUUGACUUUUCUUAUCUAAAGCAGUUUGUUGAUAAUGAUGGUAAGAAAAAUAAAAUAACUGUGCAGUAAAAACUCUAUAAGUAAAAAUGUAUUUAUCUUAAAAUAUAGCAUUGAGAGGUAAAUAAAAUAAAUUUAUCACAACCUUUCUGAAACACAUUUUUCUAGAAAUAGUUUUUGUGUGUGUUUUUUCAUUACAUUUUUUUAAGCUAUGCAAAAUGAGGGAAGAAUUUCUUGAAACUUUUUAAUUGCAGUGAAAGUGUUCGGACCUAUAACUCAAGAACGAUUUUUAAACAAUAUGGGCAUAGGAUUUCGGUUGCAGGUAUGUUCAUUUAUAUCUACAGGAGCCCAUUAUAUUCAAAAUAUACCAGUGCUUUUUUACAGCAAAAGAUACAGCGACUUAGUUUAACAUGAACUACUUACUAUAAGUUUUCAGUUAUGGCUAACAUUAAUUAAUCAUAUUUUUCAGGUUUUGCUCCAGAAAUCAAGCCAAGAUCAAUGGUCAAGCCUUAUUUCUGGUUACAGAAUGCUGACAUCACCAGAACAAAUGGGGGAACGCUUUAAGUUUAUGUCUAUUAUGAAUAGAGUUGGAGAUGGCUAUAUGCCAGCUGGUUUUGCUAAUUUAGAUCUUGGAAAGAAAUUCUAAAAAUAAAUAUUUUUUUAAAAUACAUUUUUACAUUUAAUUGUGUGGUUAUUUUUAUUUAUACACCGAAUAUUGUUUAUAACUGUAUUUAAAAUCAGACUAGGAUAAUUUAUAAACUAAAAAUAUUUUUAAUACAUUAAAAAUUAUUUCAAAGGCAAGUUGAAAACAUUUUUCAUUCAUCAGAACAAUUAUAACUUUAAAUAUAAAUAUAUAAAAUAAUAAACAAUAUAAUAGUUAAUAAUAAGUUUAAGGAUAAAUUAUGCAUUUAUUUUAUGUAACAGUAUAAAGAGAUAAAAUUUUAGCAUGAUACUAAACACAAAAUGUUCACAAUCGUUCAUAGAAUGGACGGUAAUUAAUAUCAUAAAUAUAUUUUUUUAUUAUUACAGGGUUUUUUUCCGCCCUACAAAAAAGUUGUGGUUUAAAAUCACAAGAUAGUUGUCAUAAUUUUUUAAAAAUCACCAAUUGAAAUUUAAUUUAAUUUAAAAAGCCGGUGUCUAAACUUUUGUAAUUUUAUCUUUAAAAAAAAUUAAACAAGAAUAAUACCAAAAGCAUCCAAGGGCCUACACCAUUAUAAAGUUAUUUACCCAACAAUUCCCUAAAAAUUGUAAAAUUAAUGGGCAAAAAUCAUAGGUUUUUUAAAUUUUAAUGACAUUCAAAUAUCUCUACUUUUAAUUCUUUGUCAAAAUCAUUUUAUAAAGUUAGUAGAAAAAUCCCAUCACUUUAACAUUCAAUACCAAAUUUAUCAAAAUUUCUUAAUAUGAUGCCAAUUCUCAAGUGAAUUUUCCCCAUUGCAAUAGUUUGUAAUCUGUAUCUAUCUGCGCCACUGUAAAUAAGAUCAGGAUUUUUUAAAUGAGGUCCUCCACCCAAAAAAAACUGUGUCACGCUUUCCAUGAAUGUCCCGGUAGGUCGCCAUGUUGGGCAGUCUAUUUCAUGCAUUCCUGGUGAGGUGGGGAUGUGAACAAAACCAUAGCCAUAUAACUCAUUACGACCAAAGGCAUCUUGAUGCCAAACUUGAAAGUGCAGUCUUGGCCAACCUGAUAUUAAAAAUAUGGUAUGAUAUUAAAGUCUAAUUCAAGUAAAAAUUCAUGUUGAACUCAUUUCCCAACAGCCAUUGAUUUACAUUUUGAAAUAUUUUUUUAGCUGCUAAAUAUUAAUUAAUAGUAAUGAAUUAAGGAUAAGUGCAUCCAGAAAUGAAAGGUUUAAUAAAACUAUAACAUUAGUUGCAAACAAAUAACAAGCAAUAACCAAAAGAUCAAUUUUUGGCGACUUGGAAGAACACAUGCUAGAUAUAUAUGCACUGUUCUAAAACUUAACUAAAACACACAUAGAUUGAAAUUGAAACAAGAUUAAAAAGUUCAGAACUGAUGUCACCGGAAGUCUCAAGGAACGCAAGAUUUCUUUGCUAUUUUAAAAUUAAAAGGACUCAUUUCGUCCCAACGGUAUGGAAUAAGUUAACAGUCGUUUAAAAAUUAAGUGAUUUUAAAGUAUGCUGCCAUGUUUCAAUUUUAGAAAGAUAAAAACAAAAUAACUGUAUUUAGAAAAUUAUUUCAAGCAAUAAAAAUAGCUUCAAAAAGUGUUCUAAACACUAAAAUUAUUUUUUUAUUAAGCUUAUGUUUAAAAUUUUAACUAUUUAGCAUUAGUAACAAAUGCUUUUAGGAAAAUACCUUGAAUACCCUUAGUGGCAAAGUGAAUAUCUAUAGGAUGUGCAAAGUAAGCUGCAUCAUGA